UUCGAAGCGAUACACUUCUCGUGGUAUAAUAGAAGUAGUACCAAAGGCGACGACGCACCGUUGGAUGUACCGCCUCGACAGCUCAGCCGGCAAGGCUGCUCGAGGACGAAUUACGCUCAGAUGACGCCGUACGUAUCUGCGGACAUGGAGGAUCACAGACCGAUCUACCAAGCCAUGACCGUCACCCUUGCUGACAUGUUUUCCUGGCUUCAUAGCAUACUUCCAGGGGAAUACGACCACCUGGAGGCUACCGCCAGCCUUCUACCUGACCUUCACCACUCUCUAGUCCACCCGUUCGUCGGCUUGGUCAUCAACAUGAACGUCUGCACGUACGCUCAUCGGGACAGCAAGGACGAUACCAUUUGCCUGGUCAUCGUCGUCGGGGAAUUUGAAGACGGCGAUCUCUGCCUAGUAGAACCUGGUAUAGUUCUUCCUCUGCGGCACGGACAUUUUGCCAUUUUUCCGUCGUGUCGUGUUACUCAUUUCAACUUACACUAC